GUAAUUAUUAUUAUUGUUAUUAUUAUCAUUAUCAUCUUCAUCCUCCUUUUAACGACUGGGAAAGGGAGGAACGGUUUCUCAUUUCGUUGCCAAGAGACUCAUGUGGACCCUGGCCCACAACCACAACUAUAGAUAAUCAUCCUAGCCCAGAUUCUUAACCCUUCCUAACACAAAAGCUCUAAACCUAAACCCUUUUACUCCUUAGACACUGCACACUUUACUGUAAGAGAGACGCACAAAGUAGCCGACAAAGGUAAAUUUUAUACUUUCCUAGAAAAUGAGGAGGAAUGAGAAAGUGAUUUAAACAACUGUUUUUCAUUUAUCUCAUUUUCUUUUUUUUUUAAGGACAAAUGGCAGCAAAUGACCAAGUGCAAAUGUUAGCUGUUUUUGAAGCCAGAGUAGGAGCAAUGAAAGUGGAUGAGCUUCAAUUAGUGAGGCAAGCAAAUGAAGCCGUUGUUUUGCCAAUAACACAUAUUCAACUAUAUGGGUUGUUGAUGGGUGGGAUAACUUUGGUCUCUCAGACACAAGGUGGAUGGAAUCAUAUAUUAUUAGGAAAUAUUGGUCUCCUGUUGGUUGGGUUUGUUGUUGGUACUAUAGUACCUUUUGUCGUGGCGUUCUCAAUGAUAUCAAAGUUGGCUUCUAGAAUGAAGGACUUAAGGAGAAUGCAUACACUACUUGCACUAGAAAUAAGAGGAUUUAAUACUGAAUAUGUCAAGGGGAGUGGGGGUGAUGAUACUAGAGCUGUGAACGAGGAGGGUAGAAUUGGUACUAGAACUGAGAGUGAAGAGAGUAGAGAUCUUCAGGCAGGUAGGGAUGGUACGGUACUAGAGAGGAGAAUAGAGAUCUUGAAGAGGGUAGAGAUGGUACUAGCUGUGAGCGAGGAAAGUAGAGAUCUCGAGGAGAGUAGAGAUAGUACUAGCUGUGAGCGAGGAAAGUAGAGAUCUCGAGGAGAGUAGAGAUAGUGAGGUUCAAGAAAUUGAUACUGAGAUUCAAGAAACUCAGGAAGAGAAGAAUUAAAUGAGUGCUAAGAAAUCUAAAUCUUUGGAUAAUAUUUUUAAAACUCUAGAUGUAGAGGUACAUGUGGAUGUGGAAGAAGUCAAUAAAUUUAAGACAUUAUGUUAGGUUAUUGAUGUUGCAAGGUGUUAGUGCCUUUCCUCUUGCAAUUUCAAUACCUUUAAUCACAAGUCUUCUGUGGAAGAGUUGUGUGGCUUGAAUUUUUGUUGAUCACUUGCACAUGGCAAGUUGAUCGAAAGGGCUUACUGUUUUAGGUACACCUGCAUUUAUGUAUGUGGUGCUUGGGCAAGCCAUGAUACCAAAAAAUACCUCUGUAAUAUCAACAUAGUAGCAACUCCCCAUCUUGGAUGUUCAAGAGUUUUAUAUAUUGUUGGUAAUAACUUGAAAAUGGGUAUCGAUUCAAGUUCCAAUCAAGAUUGAUAUUAUACCUUUCAACCCAAACCCACUUUGUAGAGUUCUCGAGCUCCCAAAUCUUUAAGUGUUUCACGUACAGACGACAGAAUAAUAACUUACUCUCCAUUUGUAAGAGUUGCACCUCUUCACGCUCAAUCCGACACCUGCGACAUCUAUUCCCAGGAUGAGGCCUAACUUGGAGUUCUUCAGUUUCUGUGUUAAAUGUGAGUAUGGAUGCACUGCAAGUAGGUUUUUAAUUUAAACGUUGACCAUCCACUAUCCAAUAAAUAAAUCCAUUUGUGUUUACAGGAGCAAUCUCUCGAGUGGGCGCAUAAUUAAAAGUACAAAGCUUUCUCCACUUCAUGCUGUGCUGAUAAAGUAUCAGAUAGUGACAGCCCUUGCCAUUUCGAUAUGCAUAAAUCAACCUGUAUUCUCUGGUCAAUAAGUGAAAGCACAUACCGCAUAAAUCACCACUCCAAACUGGGUUUUCCAAGGUUAUUUCUGCCUGUGUAAUGGGGUUGUAAAUAAAAAAGAUAGUCGAUGGAGAGAAUGAUUUGUAUUCUUUAAAUAUGAUGAAUCCAUUGUAGCUAAAAGCAAGCUUAGGCAUAAUCUUUUGCAUGUUGAGUGUGGGUUUAUUGUAUACUUUCUCGAUCAUCCUGUUAUUCUUAGCUCCUUGAUCGAGAAAAAAUACAUCCAAACCAUGCAUAAAAAAGUGUGAUUCUGGUC